GACCACUCCGAUCCGGCAGUCGUCUUUGUUCACUGUGAUUCCAUGGUCCUGCUCGAUCACUUUGCCUCCUGCAGGCUGCAAAGACGUUCCGCAGUGCUUGCCGAAGCUGAAGCAGACGACCCAGCAGCUUUGACGGUGGGCGCAAAAUGGCGACCCGUAGGAUGGAGCAGUGCGCGUGGGUGGCGGAGGUGGAGCGGGCGGUGGCCGACGGCGGCGCGUCGUCGGAGGAGUCCUCGCGGUGGCGGCAGCAGUGCAUCUACCGCGUGCCGACGUGUAUCAAGAACCUGAACCGUAAGGCGUACCAGCCGCAGGUGGUGUCGCUGGGCCCGUUCCACCACGGCGAGCCCCAGCUGCGGCCCAUGGACACGCACAAGCGCCGCGCCCUGGUCCACUUCCUGCGACGCGCGCGCAAGCCUCUGGCGGCGUUCGCGGGCGCAGUCGCCGCGGCGGGCGAGCGGCUGGAGGCCGCGUACGAGGGGCUCGGCGACGAGUGGCGCGUCGGCGGCGGAGCGGCUGAGAGGUUCGUGGAGCUGAUGGUGACCGACGGGUGCUUCCUCCUGGAGACGAUGCGGACGGCCACCGGCUGGGAGGUGAACGACUACGACGGUGAGGACCCCGUCUUCAGCGCCCACGGCCUGCUCUACAACGUGCCCUACAUCCGCCGCGACAUGCUCAUGAUCGAGAACCAGCUGCCGCUGCUCGUCCUGGACCGCCUCCUCGCCGUUGAGAACGGCAAGGAUGGGAACGAGGAUGUGAUCAACCGGAUAGUGCUUCUGUUUCUGUCCCCGACGGCGGCGUGGCCGCUGACGACGGGCACCGGCCUGGCUCUCCAUCCGCUGGACAUGUUCCGCAGGAGCCUCCUCUGCGGUAGUCCGACGCCGUCCGGCGGCCCUCGUGCGCCGCCGCCGGACUCGCCGGACGACAUCAUCAGGUCGGCGGAGGAGCUGUACGAGGCGGGCGUCAGGUUCAGGCGCAGCGCGACGAGCAGCUUUUUGGACAUCCGCUUUCACAGGGGCACGCUGUACCUGCCGGCCAUCGUCGUGGACGACACCACCGAGUACGUGCUGCUCAACCUGAUGGCGUUCGAGCGCCUGCACGUGGGAGCCGGCAACGACGUCACCGCCUACGUCUUCUUCAUGGACAACAUGGUGGACUCGGCGCGUGACGUGGCACUGCUCACGUCGCGGCGGAUCGUGUACAACACCGUGGGCAGCGACAAGGCGGUGGCCAAGCUCUUCAGCGGCCUGUCCAGGGACGUGGUGCUGGAGCCGCACAGCGCGCUGGACGACGUGCACCGGGAGGUCAAUGCCUACUGCCGGAAGCGCCGGAACCGGUGGCGCGCCAACCUGGUGCACACCUACUUCCGGAGCCCCUGGUCGUUCCUCUCCCUCGCUGCCGCCGUCUUCCUCCUCGUCAUGACCGUCUUGCAGACUGUCUACACCCUCCUACCGUACUACAGCGACAAGAGCUAGUAGCUACAUACCCUGCUUGCCGCCUGUAUCCUGUCCAACGAUGACUUCCUAUCAAUAAAAAUAAUGUAAUUCCUUGCAUCAG